AUGGGGAAGGUAAGGAGAGGAGUCUAUUUUUCAAUGUUUUAGAGUUUCUACAGCCAGUCAGGCAUGCAUGCUUCAGUGUUUGAGAGGUAAUUCACCAGGGUUUGUCCCUGUUUCCUUUUUUUUUUCCAGAUUGCAUUCUUUGAGGAUAAGAAUUUCCAAGGCCGGACCUUUGAGUGCAGCUCUGAUCGUUCCGACCUACGGUCGUACUUCAGUCGCUGCAACUCCAUCAAGGUUGAGAGUGGCUGCUGGGUGUUGUAUGAGCGUCCAAACUACACCGGCAACCAGUACAUCCUGAUCCCCGGGGACUACCCUGAUCAACAGUGGUGGAUGGGAUACAAUGAUAGCAUCAAGUCUUGUCGCGCUAUCAGAAAUGUGAGACCAUUUGAUGCUUUUGGAGUGUAAAUGUAGCUUUGAAGGUUAAACUCAGGAACUGAUUGUCUGGCUUGGGCAAGAAUACUGUUGGUACACUUGUUUUAUGAAAGUGAAGUAAGCUAAUGGCACGAACGUGUAAAUUAACACAACAGCAAACUGUCAAAUUGGGUAGUUAGUGUUAAAUGUAGGACACAACAUUACUUUUCCACAAUUAUGGGUUAAUUAUUUGCAGGACAGUGUCCAGCUCCAGUAAAAUACCGCUGAGCACACCAACCAAGCAAUAAUCAGUCAAAGGCCUGCAGAGAAAAAGGAGAUAAAAGGCUCAUGAGUUGGCAGCAGGGUGCUUUAUGCCCAUGCACAUCAAUUAUUGAAGGAAACUAGGAAAACAGCCAAGAAACCCAUUUGCAGAGGUGAACUCCCGCAAAAGGGGUAAAUAGAUCAAAGAAGUUUCAUACAAAACACCAACUUUGUUUAUUGACUUGUGCUCUUUUUCAAGGUGUAUGGCAACUCUUGGAAGAUAAGAUUCUACGACAAGCAGGAUUUCGGAGGUCAGUCCGCAGAGUAUGUCAACGACUGCCCAUCGAUUUACGAUGACAUAAAGGUGCAGGAGAUUUAUUCCUGUGUGGUGAUGGAUGGUGCCUGGGUCCUGUACGAACAGCAGAACUACCACGGACACCAGUACUUCCUGGAACCGGGCGAGUACCACAGCUAUACAGACUGGGGCGCCACCUCCCCGGCUGUGGGCUCCUUCCGCAUGAUUAAAGAGUUCUAG